UCUUUGACGGAAUGUACGAAUAUUAUGAAAUUUCACAAACGCGGCCAAACGAGACUUGAAAGGCAAAGCAGCAUUCUCCUUUUGACUGAGUUUGACCUUUCAGUCCAAGGAACAUUCUCUACUUAUUUCGUUUCAAUUUAAUAACCUAUAGUUAUUUACAUAUUUUAUUCGAUUGUUCUUGUACGGUUUCAUACAAUGUCUAUAUUCUGAUAUACAUAUUAUUGCAUUAGUGGGUUCUUUUCAGACCAAAGAUCACCGCUAGGGGAGAUCUGGUUGUUAUAAAGAACAAAUAAAACAACUAAAAGUGAAUGUAAGACAGUACGCUACUGGUCAAAAAACACAAACUGGUUGAAUAGAAACAAAAGUAGAAAAACAUAGAACUUUAUUUUUUCUUUAGACAGCUCUAAAACUUUGUCUAGACAGCCCUAUCAUAUCAGACAUAGAGUACAGUCUGGUGGUCUUUCGGUGGGACUUAUUUGACUUCACAUAUUUGGCAGCCACUGUUCACUGCCCACACCUAAUCACUCCUCUCUUCUUUAUAAUGAUCAAGAUCUACAUCUUCUUUUUCCAUCACUUUCUCUUUCAUUUUCUGUAAAAUACAAGUAGUCAGUAUCUUUGAAUGUGACGUUUUUGAUUUGGUUUAUAUGUAUAUGGGAUAUUUAUGAGUAUAGUUCCAAAUCUUACUAAAUCAGAGAAAACUAUGAAUAAUCCAAGAUCAGUUAGUUCUUCAGCUUCUCCGGCGAACCUAGAUCUCGUGGAAAACCAACGUCAGUCAAGUUCUGGAGAGUUUUCAAGAUUAGAGAAACGAAUAGGAGCGAGGAAGAUAACGUUUCACUCCAAGUCUAUGCCCCGAGGUUCCAAUGACAAGAGGUAUGACCUAUUCAGGACCAUGUCAGGGAAGCUCGAACGUCAAAUAUCAAAUCUACGUGGAAAACCCAUUGACACUUCGUUGCAGGAUAAAGAGAUCAAUGAAUCUCUAACCGCUGAGAGAUUCUUAGAGGCUCUUCAAGGCCCUGAACUUGAAACUCUUAAGGAGAUGGAGAAGAUAGUGUUGCCUGAGGACAAAACAUGGCCAUUUCUUCUUAGGUUUCCAGUAACAUCGUUCGGGAUGUGUCUUGGAGUAAGCAGUCAAGCCAUCAUGUGGAAGACCUUAGCAGCCACAAAGGCGGAGAAGUUCUUACAUCUCACGCAAGUAGUCAACCACGUCCUUUGGUGGAUCUCUCUCGUCCUCCUCCUCUCCUUCUCCAUCACUUACCUCUUCAAAACCAUCUUCUUCUUCGAGGCGGUGCGCCGCGAGUUCAAGCAUCCCAUCCGAGUCAACUUCUUCUUCGCACCUCUCAUAUCAGUCCUCUUCUUGGCACUUGGUAUCCCACACUCCAUCACCUCGAGUCUCCCCUCUAUUCUUUGGUACUUCUUUAUGGCUCCGAUCUUGCUUCUUGAGAUGAAGAUUUACGGACAGUGGAUGUCUGGUGGACAACGACGCCUCUCCAAAGUUGCUAACCCUACAAAUCACCUUUCCAUCGUCGGUAACUUCGCCGGAGCACUUCUCGGAGCAUCACUGGGGUUGAAAGAAGGACCGAUGUUCUUCUUUUCAGUUGGGUUGGCUUAUUAUUUGGUCUUGUUUGUGACACUCUAUCAGAGACUUCCCACAAACGAAACCUUACCUAAAGAGCUUCACCCUGUCUUCUUCCUCUUUGUGGCUGCACCGGCUGUAGCGUCCAUGGCUUGGACCACGAUAUCUGCCUCUUUCGAUAUUGGCUCGCGCAUUGCUUACUUCAUCUCCUUGUUCUUGUACUUCUCUCUGGUAAUUUUUUAUUUAUUUAUUUACAUAGUACCUUGCGAUACAAGAAAUGUGCAUAUUCAUGUGUUUUGUUUCUUGUUUCAGGUUGUUCGGAUUAACUUUUUCCGUGGAUUCAAAUUCUCCUUAGCUUGGUGGGCUUACACGUUUCCAAUGACGGCGGUGGCCACAGUGACGAUAAAAUACUCAGGGGAAGUCACCGGAUUAGCAACUCAGAUACUGGCGGUUUUGCUGUCAGGAGCAGCAACUCUGACGGUGAUAGGUGUUCUGGUAAUGACAGUGGUGCACGCUUUUGUCAAACGUGAUCUCUUCCCCAAUGACUUCGCUAUUGCAAUAAGUGCGGAUCAACCAAAGCAGAAGAAAUGGUUGAAACAGCUCAUAAAUGGAAGUUUGGAAAAUAGUACGAGAGGUCUCAAGGUUUUGGACCCGGAAGAUACUCGAAUAGAUAUAGAAGCCCCUCCUUUAUCAAAUGCAGUGUGUCACACGGUUUAGUUAGCCAAAAAGAGAGGUAUGAAACAAAGUAUACGCAGUUGAUAAAAAUAAAAACAAAAGUAUAAGUCACACGGUUGCAGCUUCGUCAGAAGACACAAGGUUUAUCAAGACAGCUCCACCAAAACAGCUAAAUCUAUUUCAGCAAAGUCAGUCCUUUGCUUGAUUCUACCGGCUGACUUGCAAAGAAACUCUAUGAUCAGAUGGCUCAUAACUCAUGAGCAGGUUGUAUCAUGAGAGGUAGAAAAAUCCAUGCUCGUUUUAUUCUUCUUGUCAU